CUAAUUAACUCGUUAAGUUUAACGAAUUUUACCCAAGUUAAGAUCAGUUGGAUUUAUAAAAGUGUGUAUUCAGUUAAAAUGGGAGGGUGAGCAGCAGUGUUUGGAGUUUCCAGUCAGCUUUGUAAUAACAUUAGCACAAAAACCAUAGCCACGUGCGGACUGUUGUUAGCUACCUAGCUACCUGGCCGCUGCCACAUACACCUGCUUCCCUGCGCAUGGACCCAGCCUCGGGACCGUUUGUCUUCACUCAGCUAACCGUGGGUCAGAGGGGUUUGAACUCAGUCCGCUCCCUGAAGAGGAGCUCUGAAGAACAGGCACAACCGGGGAAACGGGGACGCGCUUUACAAACAAUAAUCGUCCAUGUCACCUCCAGGGCUCCGAACAUUUCCAUGGGACAUUUCGCUGCAGUGGCUCAGUAAACCCUUAACUCAGAAUGCACCCGGAUCUGUCGCCUCACCUGCACACGGACGAGUGCAAUGAACUGAUAAACCAGCUGAGGCAGUGCCACAUGCAGCACAAUGUCAUGAAGUUCUUCGGCACGUGCAACGAAGUGGACCGCGCUAUGCGUCACUGCAUGAAGAAGGAGAGACUGGAGAAGCGGGAGCGCAGCAAGCAGCAUGCAAAGGAGAUGAAAAGAAGGCUGAAGGAAGGGCCCAAGGAGGAGCAGUUCUGAAGGACAUUUUACUGCAGCUUUGCUGCUCAAAGUGUUCAGAUACUGGGACAUUGCGUUAAGGGCGUCACUGUGUAACAUGGGUCCCCUGCUGUUUUUCUAUAGAGACAGGAAGGGUUGUAACUCUGUAACUCAGAGAAGUGUGGCUUAUAUUAGCAUUGGCAGGCAUGGUGUAAUAAUGUACAUCAGCUACUUCCUGAUGCUGUUAUAUCUAGCUUAUUUAAAUGUUGGUAUCAUAUGUGCACCAGCAAUGACAAACCUGGUGAUGAUGUACAGCUUAAUCCCAUGUUGAACGUGUAAUGAACCCUGCCGACUAAAACAAAACAACCACAUAUUGUUCUUUGGAUUACAAACGGCUAUUUUGGAUCCUCAUUUAUUUCCCCUGUGUUAGCAGUGCACUCCCACUCCGUCAGAGAGCUAGUUAGUUUAGCAGAGCCCUUUCAUCCAACCAUUAUUUCAGUUGGCAGGACACUCAGGAAUAUUCUAGGACCUGGAAACUAUUCGUGAGAACAGAGAGAAUCCAUUUCAGGGCAUAAAAGAUGCACGUCAACAAAAAAAAAGGCCCAUAACAAGAUGACCAGUGGCCGGGUUACUCUCAAUGUGGGUAUACAUGCUGUACGUUAUUCGCUGUUCGAACAUUUGUUUUAAAGGAGAAUCAUAUUGAUUCAUGAAGAGAUUAAUUCCUUUGAAAUAAAGUAAAAUCAUAUAUUAA